AUGGGGCAACUUGGGGGCAACCAGGUCGACCCGUAUGAUGACUAUGCGGAGAUGCCAGGACUGCUGCCUUUUCUGAAGAGAUUGCGCCGACUGCUCUCUAAUCUCAAUGUUGGGGACAGCGCGCUCCUGCCCGGCGGGUGGGGAUGUGGCGACUUCAUGGCACGACAGUACAUUUGCUUUGUGAUGGAGCGCGUGGGCGAGGACAAUUAUCGAAUCGCGGUCUUCGGCUUUGGGCCAAGUCGAGAGUACCAUCCGAAGACUGCGGCGAUGCCUCCGAAGAUCAAGUUCCGUCCCAUCGUCUUGGAGAAUCUUCCAAGGCGCAAAGCACUGGACGAAGCAUGGUGGGCCUUGCUCAUCGCGACAAACUUGCCGGAUGUGAACGAGCAAAAGACAAGCCCGCAGUUGACCUACGACUUUUUCCUGCCAUUUAUGGCCUCUGCUCCACUGGAGCAAGUCCGUGAGGCCUCGGAGAAGAAGGAAGAGGGUGAGGAUCCGGCGUACGACUGGCGAUCACCAGUCUACGGACGCUCUCGGAACAAUUUUCACCGAUGCUUGCUGGAUGCCAUGCACUAUCUGCUUCGAAGGUCCAUGCAGUAA